CGGAGGCUGCGCGACGGGAGACGCUCGCCUCGCCGCCUUCCACCUGCGGCCAUUUGCCUAGGGCGGGCUCCGGCGCAGGGCGAGGGACACCCGAGCAGCCGCCGCCGCCGCCGGGACAGCGCUUGGGUCGCGCUCUGCACGGGGCGCGUCCAUGAACAGCAGCGCCGGCUCCGGAGGCGAGAUGGAGGUUGAUAGUAACAAACAGGAUAUAUUCCAGAGGAAGAAGAAUGCUGUCUUGGUGAAUGGUGUCAUUUUGAACGGCCCGAUAACAGAUUCAAAAGCAGGAGAGAAAUUUGUAGAAGAGGCCUGUAAGAUCAUAAUGGAGGAGGUCAUACGGAAAGCUGCUGAUGUAACAGAGAAGGUUUGUGAAUGGCAGCCUCCUGAAAAACUGAAAAAACUUCUCGAUCUGGAAAUGAGGGAUACCGGAGAGCCCCAUCAGAGACUCUUGCAACUUUGCCAGGACAUUAUACGAUACAGCGUCAAAACUAAUCAUCCAAGAUUUUUCAAUCAGUUGUAUGCUGGUAUUGAUUAUUACUCUUUAGUGGCUCGUUUCAUUACAGAAGCAUUAAACCCAAGUGUAUAUACAUAUGAGGUGUCCCCCGUGUUUUUGUUAGUGGAAGAAGCAGUCCUGAAGAGAAUGAUUGAAUUUGUCGGCUGGAAAGAAGGUGAUGGCAUAUUUAAUCCAGGUGGCUCUGUUUCUAAUAUGUAUGCUAUGAACUUAGCUAGGUAUAAAUAUUGUCCUGACAUAAAGGAAAAGGGGCUUUCAGGGUUGCCAAGACUAGUCCUGUUUACAUCGGAAGAGUGUCAUUACUCCAUGAACAAGGCAGCUUCUUUCCUGGGGAUUGGCACGCAGAAUGUUUACUUCAUCACAACAGAUGAAAGAGGUAAGAUGAUACCUGAGGAACUGGAGAAACAAGUCCAGCGGGCCAGGAAAGAGGGGGCAGCACCAUUUCUUGUCUGUGCCACAGCUGGUACAACUGUGUUGGGAGCAUUUGAUCCUCUGGAUAAAAUAGCUGAUAUCUGUGAAAAACAUGGCCUUUGGCUGCAUGUGGAUGCAUCUUGGGGUGGCUCAGCUUUGAUGUCAAGGAAGCAUCGCAAGCUUCUGCAUGGCAUUCACAGGGCUGAUUCUGUUGCCUGGAAUCCCCAUAAAAUGUUGAUGGCAGGAAUCCAGUGCUGUGCUCUUCUGGUGAAAGACAACUCUGACCUGCUUAAGAAAUGCUACUCUGCCAAGGCCUCCUACCUGUUCCAGCAGGACAAGUUCUAUGAUGUCAGCUACGACACAGGAGACAAGUCUAUCCAGUGUAGCAGACGACCAGAUGCAUUUAAGUUCUGGAUGACAUGGAAGGCAUUGGGAACUACAGGACUUGAGGAAAGAGUAAACCGAGCCCUUGCCUUAGCUAGAUAUCUAGUAGAUGAAAUUAAGAAAAGAGAAGGAUUCCAGCUUCUGUUGGAGCCAGAGUAUGCGAACAUUUGCUUUUGGUACAUUCCAUCAAGCUUAAGAAAAAUGGAGGAAGGACCUGAGUUCUGGAAGAAGCUCCAUCAGGAAUGAGACGAUUGUUUCUUCAGUGGCUAUACUCAAAUCCUGCCAGGAGGAAGGCAGCCAUGAUUCAUAGAGAAUGAACACUGCCAUGAUGGUACAACCAUUCUGCUUUCACCAACAGGGGAGGCUUUGCAACGAAGAGCAAGAAGGAUUUGAAAUGUGUACUGCCCUUAUGAUGAGCCCUUUGCUGUAACUUUCUCUGUGACCUAAAGCUAUUAUACUCUGUACCUAGCCGCAUCAUUUGAAUCCUGUUCUUUGUAUGCAAUUUUCCUUUGCAUUUUUAAUCUACAGCUGACUCUAAGCCCCUCUUACUUUUCCAUUUAGCUGUUAUGAUGAGCAUCCUUUUCCUGCCUCACUGUAAAGAGUAGAGCUAGGUAUAUCCUUUGCAGAAAAUCAUUCAAUCAAUUAAGUGUACUUUUUUUCUUUCCGUUCAUGAAUUGUCUGUGAAGAGAUUGUGAUUUUCUCAAAUGUGUAUACACUUUUCAAAAUUAUUGAAUGAUUAAAUUCAGCAAAUAAUUCUCAGUCUAUAGAUCAUUUGCAGGCAGCUGGGUGAGAACAUUCAAUAUUCAUAAUUCAAGAAGUGUGGGGUGGCUUUGACUGGACUCAUAUUGGACAUGUGGUAUUAUUUUCCUGUCCCUAAUAGGAUAGGUACAAUUCUAAAACACAGGUUACUAAUGACUGCUUAUGAGUUCAAAAUUUGCUUUCUGCAAAUAUUCACUUAAAAUUCACCAGUUCUGAGAACGUUCUGGAUAGUAAAUUUAUUUGUUAGGAUAUUCUGAAAUGCAAAUCUGAACAGGGCACAAACACAGUAGAAGCGCCUUCAAAAUUUGGGAGGGGGCAGAGAGAUUCACUCAGCCCUAACAACAAGUUUUACAAAAACACUUGCAAGAUUUGCAUCUUCUUUGCUCUAAAGUGUCCAAUUUUUCUUCAGGAAAAAUAUGGACAAUGACUUGGCUCCCAUUGGUAUCUCAGAGUGUACAUGGGAUUGGGCAUAUAACCCAGAUUCUUGCUCACAUGCACAAGAUUGAACAGAGCUCCAGAUUUGGGCACGGGGAAGCAAAUUCCUCACAAUGACAUGUUGUCAAGGACCUUUUGGCAGGACUAUUUCAUCAUCUUCUGUAAACAGAGUUCCACUGCUAAGCUCAGAUGAGUGCAUACCACAAGAUACUCCCAAGAACUACAGUGUGUUGAGCCCUGGUAGUCUAAGAUUCCUCCUGUCUUCUGAUCCUUCCCUAAAGAUUAUUUUCCCUUUUCACUUGUAUGAGUCAUUGCACCUGUUAAAGUUUAUUUCUCUGUUAUAUGUCUAUGAAUUCCAGUUUGAUUGUAUGACUCUCUGUACGAUUAUACACUUGGUGAUGUCUUUCCCUAUCUAAUGUAACAGUCAGGUUGAAUUAUGUCAUCCUUCUUGUGCUAUGAGGAGGGGAAAGGGUUUGGCACCUAGGUGUUUGUCUGUGGAUGGGGAAGGACCAUCAACAAUUGAAUAACCUUGUUCAGGCAGGACAAUGGAGACUACCAGACAAAGACAAUUAAUUUGCUAAUGACACUUAUCUGUUGUAAGGAAAACAGAGGGUUGGAAGCCACACCCCAGAGAGGACUGGAGAAUGGAAGACAUAAGGUGUUAGAAACUGCUGUUAAAAGGAGACUCUCUCUAGCAAGUAGAUACCAGGACCUGAAGACAAGACUGGGAAGGAGGAGAAGGAGUACAGGAGGAUCAUUGACUCCCUGGAAGGACAUUGACUAAGAUCCAAAGGGCCCUCCAGUGGGAUGAGGAUACUGAGGGAGGGUCGUGCAUGCAGGUGUUAGUUAU